AUGAGUGUAGCACCUUCAAUAAAAAAACUUGAUGAAGCUGUUAUUAAUAGAAUUGCUGCUGGAGAAGUUAUUCAAAGACCGUAUAACGCUCUUAAAGAAUUAAUUGAAAACAGCAUUGAUGCUAAAUCGAGUAAAAUACAAAUAACCGUAAAAGAUGGUGGUUUAAAAUUACUUCAAAUCAGUGAUAACGGAACCGGUAUUCGUAAAGAAGAUUUAGAUAUUGUUUGCGAACGUUUUACGACAAGUAAACUAUCAAAAUUUGAAGAUUUAACUAAAAUAUCAACUUACGGUUUUCGAGGAGAAGCUUUGGCCAGUAUUUCACAUGUUGCUCAUCUCACUAUAGUAACCAAAACUGCCGACAAUCAGUGUGGUUAUAAAGCUUCUUAUGUUGACAGUAAAUUAAAAAACCCUCCAAAACCUUGUGCCGUUGAAAAAGGUACACAAAUCAUUGUUGAAGAAUUAUUUUAUAAUGUUCCCACUCGGAAAAAUGCUUUGAAAAGUCCUGCUGAAGAAUAUAGUAAAGUUUUAGAUGUUGUUAGAAAGUAUGCAAUUCAUAACUCAAAAAUUGCAUUUUCAUUAAAAAAACACAAAGAAACAUUAUCUGACGUAAACACACCACAAAAUUCAACUUCAGUUGAUAAUAUCAGACUUAUAUAUGGAGCUUCAAUAGCUAAAGAACUUUUAGAAGUUAAAGAUUCAGAUGAUACUUUGAAAUUUCAGGUUCAGGGUCAAAUAACCAAUGUUAAUUAUUCGAAUAAGAAAUUCACUUUUUUAUUGUUUAUAAAUGACAGAUUAGUUAAUUCUUCUUCUCUUAAAUCAAUUAUUGAGCAGGUUUAUUCAAUUUAUCUGCCUAAAAACAAUUAUCCAUUUGUUUAUUUAAGUUUGACUAUAUGCCCUGAAAAUAUUGAUGUAAAUGUACAUCCUACCAAGCAUGAAGUUCACUUUUUACACGAAGAAAACAUUGUUAAUAAAAUUAAAGCAAUAUUUGAAAAAACUUUAUUGGGAUCAAAUACUUCUAGAAUAUUUUACACUCAAUCUAAAUUACCUGCUGCCAUAGGAGGUAAAUCUCUUGAUGCCAAAGUGGAAGAAUCUGAUUCGUCAAAAAUAUAUGCACAUAAAACUGUGAGAACAGAUUGCCUUGAUCAAAAGUUGGACAAAUUUUUUCAUGAAAAAUCCAAUGAUACUCAAUCGGAUUCUGAAGUAGUUAAUAAUCAAAAUUCAAAACCGAUUGAAAAAAGAGAAAUUAAAUUAAGAAGCAUUUUACAAUUAAAAGCAGAUGUUGAAAAUGCAUCACAUUCAGGUUUGGCUAACAUCAUUAAAAAUUUUGUAGUCGUUGGCUUUAUCAACACAAAGCAAUGUCUGUUGCAAUAUGACACCAAACUUUAUUUGUGUAACACAGAAAAUCUUGUCAAAGAAUUAAUAUACCAAACAAUGCUUUUAAAUUUUGCUAAUUUUGGGGUAUUAAGGUUUUCAAAUCCUCUAUCUAUCAAAGAACUAGUUUUAUUUUAUUUUGAAUUAAAUGAAGGUAAAUGGACUGAAACAGAUGGAACAAAAGAUGAAAUUUCAAAUAAUAUGACAUCAUUACUUUGUGAAAAAUCAGAUAUGCUAGAAGAUUAUUUUUCAAUCGAAAUCGAUAAUGAAGGCAAUAUUUGUACUCUUCCGAUUAUAUUGGAAAAAUAUAUACCUAACUUAGCAUUGCUUCCUGACUUUGUUGUAAGAAUUUGUAGCGAAGUUGACUGGGAUUUAGAAAAACCAUGUUUGGAAGGUAUAUGUAGAGAAAUAUCACAAUUUUAUUGUAAAAUCCCAGAAGAAGUUCCAAUACCUGGUUUUAAUGAAUGGAAGUGGACCACUGAGCAUGUAUUACUGUCUGAAAUGCGUUCAUCCUUACAACCUCCUAAAAAAUUUAUGAAAGAUGGUACAAUUCUAGAAAUAGCUAAUCUACCUGAUUUAUAUAAAGUAUUUGAAAGAUGUUAA